GUCAUUCUGUCAUACACCGGUUGAUUGUUGUAGGCAUGUUUACAUAUCAUACCUGUUAAAAUUUAAAUGCUACCGGUAAAGUGUGUAUUAUGAAGUUAUAGGGUGUUCGAUAUUCUAAAAUGGAUUUUUAAAGUUGAUCUGAAAUUGUUAAUUUUGUGGCUUAUAAUUAGUUGGAGUCGCUAAUUUUUGACAAAACACGGGAAGGUUUUUCAUUGGCAUGGAUACGUGCUCCAGAUGCGGAAAAGCUGUGUAUUUUGCUGAGAGAAAAACAUCAUUGGGCAGACACUGGCACCCAAACUGUUUGAGAUGCUUAGAAUGUAAUAAAAUCCUUGCACCUGGACAGCAUGCAGAGCACAAAGGUAUGCCAUAUUGUCACAAGCCAUGCUAUGGUGCUCUUUUUGGACCUCAAAUGUUUGGAUAUGGUUCAAAUGUAACAUCUCCAGCAAAUUUUAGAAAGUCGGGGGAGCUCCCCAAUGGAUCUCAGGAUACUAGUUUUGAUAGUGAAACUCCAGAUGGACUGAAAUGUAUUUUUAAAACUUCAAACACAAGUCCUGGUCCAAUGAAAUUACAGCGCAACAGUAUUGGGGACACACCACCACCACCACCACAAAAAGUGUAUCAGAAAAGAAAUAGUGCAGGGAGUAUAGAUUCCUACUCUAGUAGCAGUGGUUAUUCCAGCAACGAAAGCACAAAAAGUGUUUCGGAACUGAAACCAGUCAGUGAAAAUAACAAUGACUCAGGGUUAAAGUGUGUAUAUCAAUCCAGCGCAGACCAGUCACAGAAAGCUUCAUUAGUUGCACGAAGUAAAAGUGAUGCAGGCAAUUUUGUCCAACUGAGACCGCAUUCAAACAAAGUUAGGGGUGCUGAGUUAUUUAAACGUGUGCAAUCAUACAAUGAGCAUCAUCAAAACAAACGGGGCCAAACAUUAUCUAUUACAGAGGAUGAAGGCAAUGUUCGGAUAUCGGGUCCAUUGAGGAUAUACUGGGGGUUGAAGAAGCCAAUUAUACUGCAGCAUUGUGACAAGAAACCAGCUGUAUCUAUACCAAAACGUCACAGUGUAAUAGCUGACAAAUCAGACCUUCAGUCCCUGCCCGAAGUCAGUCAUGAAUCGACUAAUGGGAGUCCAACUUCACCUCGUAAAAGUCGAUUGAACCUUGGAUUGGAUGAUAGUGUUAUAUCUUCACCAUCCUCUGACGUGGUGAUGAGACGGACAAAUAUUAAAAAGUCCAAUACAGUUGCGUAUCGGGGCGACAGACCUAACAAAUGGAAGAGAGCAUCAAUUAAUGGUCAUAUAUAUAAUUAUGAUACGAGUGUAUUUACUCCAGUUCUAGGAAGUUGUACUUGCGUUACUGUAGAUAAUAAAAUGACAGUAAGCCAAGUCAUCAAAACUUUACUGGAAAAAUUUAUGGUUGAAAAUCAGCCAGAUGAGUAUCAUUUGUGUAUAAUAACUGAACAGGAAGGUGAAAAGUUGUUAAAGGAUUCUGACAUUCCAUUGUUGGAGAGACUAGUGUGUGGUCCGACUGACUCGAUUAAAAUAUUUAUACGUGAUCGACCAGAUACACUUCCUACUGUAAACCCCGCCCACAUUCCAGAUGACUCCUCCCCUACCACAGAAACUCCCAUGGAGGAAAUGGCUCUACCAGAAGAGGUGGAGCAGUUGAUGAAUAUUCCUGAACCUGUGUUACGUGGCUUGCUUGAUAAAUUCAAACAAGAUGAAGAAAAAGAAGUAAGGAGAUUAAAAGCAAAAUAUGAAAGAAUUAGACGAAGAGUUAGACAGAUAAUUGAGGAUAAAAAAGCGAAUUCUUCCCGAUGCUGAAAGUGGCUAAUCCUAGCUUUGGUGUAUAAACCUGCUGAUUAUACUGAAAUAAAAUCAAACAACCAUAUCUCUGGAAUUACUUGUCAGGAACAUUCUACCUACAGAUGUUGAACAUUGACGGACUAUUUAGACCAACACAAGGUUCCGGGAUUGAGUGAUCAUCCCAUUAUUUUUGUUAUGAAAGACUGUCGAUCAUACAUACAGUGAUGGAAGUCGUGUGUUGACCAAGGAGCAUUUAUUUUUCACCCUGACACUAAGUGUGAAACAAUAGGGAUACUGUACUAAGCUAGUUUGAAACCACGGAGGAAUUCUAUACAGCUAGCGUGACACUAUGAGAAUAAUUAGAUACAUUAUGUUGAAAAUCAAACGAUAUUCAAGAAUUAACAGCAUUUAUACACACAACUUUUCACAGUUCUAUGCUGGACUAGUGGCAGUAUUGUAAGAGGAGCAUUCGUAGAGCAGUCAUUGUUAAAUCAGACUCUUAUGAAAACGAGUCUUCUCCACACAGGUUUUCAGUUAAACUAUCAGUUUGAAAUUGAAAUAGACCUACAACACUUGCAUCAGGUUUGAAAGAAAAAUAUUGAAAUUAUUUCAUUUUCAUCUUGCAGUGGUCAAGUGCUACUUAAUCAUAUUUUUGUAGUGCCAAAUUAAUUUAUCAGAGUAGAUUAUGAACAUUCCAUUUGUACUUUAUACUGAAUCAGUCAUUUAAAUCUUACAGCUUUAACCAUUUCAUGUAACAAGGCUUGAAAACUUUAGUGCGCAAAAAAAAAAACACCAAAAAAAAAAUGGAAAAUUCUAAUGCAACCUCCUUAUCCUGGUAGAAUAUUGGAGGAAAAAUUAUUUAUACUUAGCUAUUUCAAGGGAUAAGGCCACUAAUAAAUCUCCAGUACUUGCCAUUCCAUGUAAUUUCCCUAAUACUCAUCUCUUGGUUUACUGGAUAAAUUUGGAAAAUUGAUAAAUAUUGAAGAAUCUUGAUCAUGUGGAGGUAUACCUGAAUAAUGUAUCAUCAUUUGCUUCAUAUUUAACAUGGCGUUGUUCACACAAGAUGCAGAAAGAAACUUUGCAUAAUAAAAUGAUCAGGAAAAAAAAAUGAAGAAACUAUAACUGUAGAAAUAUUCUACUAAUAUCAUUAGCAUUUUCUGCUGUUUAACUUCCCCAGAAAUUGACCUAUGAUACAUAACAUUGGUUGACUCGCCUAUUUUCAUCUCAACAUUUUCCUCAUACCCCAUUACCCCCGUCUUCCCCACCCACCAACCCAUGUUUAUUUCACUAUUUCAUACUACAAAUACUAUGCAGCUUGUUUACAGAACAUAUUGCGAAAUCAUUUAAUUUGGUGGGCAUGAAAUUUCAUGGGGAUAUGAAUUCAUGGAUUUAACCCGUACCCUACUAAAUUUCUGUAAUGAACUUAUCUUUUAGUUUGGACAGUACCAUUAACUGUUAAUAGGGGUGCAUACCAAAAAUAUACUGACUGAAUGGCGAACAGUGCAGAUCUUGAUUAAACUGCACAGAUGUGCAGGCUGACAAUGAUCUGCACUGGUCCCAAAGACAGAAUCAGUCGUGUCCAGCAUGAUAAGGGUUAAAAUUUGGAAAAUAAAUGAAUGGGAAUUAAACUUGUUUCCCGGAGUUAAUUUUGUGGAUUGGCUCAACAACAAAACUUAUUUCCCCACAAAUUAAUGAUUUCACAGAAUGUGAUAUUGUGGUGUUUGCUGAAUGUUAAAAGCAAUAAUGUUGAUGUGCUUCCAGUCAGUUUUAACAGCAUUGAGUAUCUUGUGGGUGUUAAAUCCCUUGUCAAGUAUUAUACAUUGAUAAAUCAUAAUUUUAAAAAUAUUUUUGUCAUCUUCUAAACUAAUAUUCUUAAAUCUAUGUUCUUUGGAUUUAUACCUGUAAAACAUCAUGAACUAAGUCUUUCUUCUGUCUUGUAAAGUUGAUGUUUUCUAAGGAUUGUAAAAAGUCAAGUAUAUCUAAGAAUUGUUCACACUGAUGUUAUCUGAGAAUUGUUGAAAGUCAAGGUUGUCAAAGAGUGUUACAGAUAAGAAUCCACAUGGUAUUAAAUCCAUGAUAUCCAACUGCUCACACACUUUUUAUGAUCUUCUUCAGAUUUUAUGGAAAAGUUGGUAUUAUUUCAACAAAUGUUGGACAUUUUAACACUAUGUAUUUUUUACUAAUUACCAAGACCAAGGAAAUUAUAGUUGUAAUUUUUAUGCCCCCAAAGGGAGGCAUAUAGUUUUUGAACCGUCUGUCGGUCUGUCAGUCUGUCCGCAAUUUUCGUGUCUGGUCCAUAUCUCUGUCAUCGAUGGAUGGAUUUUCAAAUAACUUGGCAUGAAUGUGUACCACAGUAAGACGAUGUGUCGCGCGCAAGACCCAGGUCCAUAGCUCAAAGGUCAAGGUCACACUUAGACGUUAAAGGUCAUUUUUCAUGAUAGUGCAUUCGUGUCCGGUCCAUAUCUUUGUCAUCCAUGGAUGGAUUUUCAAAUAACUUGGCAUGAAUGUGUACCACAGUAAGACGACGUGUUGCACACAAGACCCAGGUCCGUAGCUCAAAGGUCAAGGUCACACUUAGACGUUAAAGGUCAUUUUUCAUGAUAGUGCAUUCGUGUCCGGUCCAUAUCUUUGUCAUCCAUGGAUGGAUUUUCAAAUAACUUGGCAUGAAUGUUUACCACAGUAAGACGACGUGUCACGCGCAAGACCCAGGUCCGUAGCUCAAAGGUCAAGGUCACACUUAGACGUUAAAGGUCAUAUUUCAUGAUAGUGCAUUGAUGGGCGUGUCCGGUCCAUAUCUUUGUCAUUCAUGCAUGGAUUUUAAAAUUAUUGGGCAUGAAUGUGUACCAAAGUAAGACGACGUGUCGCGCGCAAGACCCAGGUCCGUAGGUCAAAGGUCCUAAACUCUAACAUUGGCCAUAACUAUUCAUUCAAAGUGCCAUCGGUGGCAUGUGUCAUUUUAUGGAGACAGCUCUUGUUUUCCUACUUUUUCAUUCAAAUAAAUUGUGACAAAUUGUGUACAGUGGAAUUCAAUGUAUAACAAUAAACUGGGUUGCUAGGUAUCAGUAUUUCCAAUCUAAAGUAGCACAGUCCUUAAACUGGAUAUAGCCCAUUUCAAUUAUUUACCAUUGUCAUACAUUUUUAGCUCACCUGAGCCUUUGGCUCAUGGUGAGCUUUUGUGACUGCUCAAUGUCCAUCGUGUGUUGUGUUUCCAUCAACAUUUUCUAAAAAAAUCCUCUUCUUGAAAACCACUGGACAGAAUUACACUAUUUUAGCAUCAGUUUGCCAUUUGAAACAUGUGGCUCAUAUUACUCAGGUGAGCAAUCCAGGGUCAUCAUGACCCUCUUGUUAGAAUGAGGCAACUGUUUGCACAGGUUUUAUCUGGCAAGUUCAUGAUAAAAACCAUAUCUGUGGUGUUGAGGUUUUGUGAAAAAUGUUUGUUUUAUCAACUGUACAGAUCAAUACUCAUGAAUUUGUGAGUGGUGGUAUUUGCAUAUAUUAGUGAACAUAAUAUUAUUGCUAAUACAACUUGGUUUACAAUAUUUAAAAAUUUUAACAUUUCCAUACUUUGUGUAUUUUAGGUAUGGUUAAAGCUUUUAAUGUUUGAUUUCACCAAAUCGAUAAAAUGUAAACAGAGCACUAUUAAGGCAACAGCUUACAGCAGAUGGUAUUGGUUACUGCUGGAAUGUCAAGUAAUUAAGCUGGCCAUACCUAAGGUCCAAACGUAUGCUACAUAUGUACUUCUGGCAUCAUUCUGGUAUAAACAGGCUGUUUUUCAAGCUAGUGUCAUCUUUGUACAGGCAAACCAGAGUUAUAGAUCACCUCUGACUUAUGGCCACGACUAUAAAACCUGUCUAUAAAGAUCAGUUUUCUCUUCCCGUUUAACCAUUCAAAAUAACCUGUAUAGAGAGGCCACCUAUCAACAAAUACCACUUUUCAUUUCUCAAGGGUGUUGUUUUGAGACAGGUUUUACUGUUAUUCAGUUUUUGGCAACAGUACUUCAAGGUGUUUGUCCUAAUGUAAGGAUAUGUACUGUGUACUUGGAAAGCUAGGAUCAUCUUGACUACUUUAUAAUUUUGUGAAAAUACAAUUCUCAUAGCAUUUAAGUAGAUAAUUUUACAAUCUACUUCUUCUAUAUAUUUAACUGUUUUUUUUAAGACCAACAUUAUUUAAUUGGGAAAGUUUAUAUUGCAAUGAAAUAUCCAGACAGUAUAAUGACAUUGUGGAGGUAAAUCAAACAAGUUUUAGUAUUUAUGAUGUAAAUUUGCUUAAUUUUAAAUCAAGGAUUUUAUUAAAUCCUUUUAAAGCUUAUAGUUUUAAUAAUAAAUAAGAACUAGUGAGUUGUAUGAAGUAAAUACUGAUAUUUUAGUGUCGAUUUUUUACUCCAAUGUCUACAGAUUUACUCGAGUUUUAGAUGAUUUUAUCAAUUUGCAGGCAAAAUUUAUCACUUAUUAUCAUGGACCAGAUUCAUUGAAUAAUGAAAUUCAUCACAGAAUAUUCUUUUAACAUUUGACAUCAAGACUGGCUCAUUUGUCUAGUUGAUAAGCAAUCAGUUAAUAACCUUUCUCAUGGACUGACAAAACUCUGUAGUUUAUACUCAUUACAUGGAAAGAAUUUAUAACUGGAUAUUGGCAGCAAUAUUUUUUCACAUUUCAAAGAUUGCAGUUUUCAAGGAAAAAGUAGAGCUAUUGCACUUGCCCGGCGUUGCCGUUGGUUAAAGUUUUUGAUAAAGUCAAAUAUGUCUGUUACUAUCAAAGCUGUUGACUUGGUACUUAAAAUCUUUAUUUACUAUCAAAGUCUACGCCAGGAGAAACAGUCCCCAUAACUCUGUUUGAAUUUUAGCAGAGUUAUGCCCUUUUUUAACUGAGAAUUUUUUGGUUAAAGUUUUAUAAAGUUUUUACUGGCAAAGCUCUAAUUUAGAGUGAAGCACUGAGAAAAGUCGAGCGCAUUGUCUUACAGACAGUUCUUGUUACCAUAAUUUCUCUUACAUUGAUUUGUAUACUCCUAUUUAUCUACUUAAUAUAUUUAUUAACCAAAAUGUUAUCUUUUAUUGAUUAUUAUUACGAAAUGUAUUUGUUGUUUUCAGAUAACUUUACCAACUUUAUAAAUACUUGAAAUAUAAAUCUCUGCUAUUUGAUCUGUGCUUUCAGUCUCAGUGAUUUGUGAACAUGUUGUAACACGUCAUAUAUCAUGGGGCUGUAAAGGGGGUUUGUGGGGAAAACAUGAGACAUUCAUGGUAUAUUGCAGUGUUAAUAGUCAUCAUGUAUGUAUUGUCCUGUUUGUGUUAUAUGAUAAGCACAUAUGAUGUGAUUUUUAGCUCAUCUGAUUUUUUGAAAAAAAAUGAUGAGUUAUUGUCAUCACUUGAGCGGUUGUCGGCGUCGGCGUCGGCGUCGGCGUUGCCUGGUUAAGUUUUAUGUUUAGGUCACCUUUUCUCCUAAACUAUCAAAGCUAUUGCUUUGAAACUUGGAAUACUUGUUCACCAUCAUAAGCUGACCCUGUAUAGCAAGAAACAUAACUCCAUCUUGCUUUUUGCAAGAUUUAUGGCCCCUUUUGUACUUAGAAAAUAUCAGAUUUCUUGGUUAAGUUUUAUGUUUAGGUCAACUUUUCUCCUAAACUAUCAAAGCUAUUGCUUUGAAACUUGGAAUACUUGUUCACCAUCAUAAGCAGACCCUGUACAUCAAGAAACAUAACUCCAUCUUGCUUUUUGCAAGAUUUAUUGCCCCUUUUGGACUUAGAAAAUCAGUUUUCUUGGUUAAGUUUUAUGUUUAGGUCAGCUUUUAUUCUAAACUAUCAAAGCUAUUGCUUUAAAACUUGCAACACUUGUUCACCAUCAUAAGUUGACCCUGUACAGCAAGAAACAUAACUCCAUCCUGCUUUUUGCAAGAUUUAUGGCCCCUUUUGGACUUAGAAAAUAUCAGAUUUCUUGGUUAAGUUUUAUGUUUAGGUCAACUUUUUCUCUUAAACUAUCAAAGCUAUUGCUUUGAAACUUGCAACACUUGUUCACCAUCAUAAGCUGACCCUGUACAGCAAGCAACAUAACUACAUCCUGCUUUUUGCAAUAAUUAUUGCCCUUUUUGGACUUAGAAAAUAAUUUUCUUGGUUGAGUAUUAUGUUUAAGUCAACUUUUCUCAUAAACUAUCAAAGCUAUUGCUUUUAAACUUGCAACAGUUUUUCACCAUCAUAAGUGGACACUGAACAUCAAGAAACAUAACUCUAACCUGCUUUUUGCAAGAAUGAUGGCCCUUUUUAGACUUAGAAAAUCAUGGGUAGGACAAUAUUUCUAUUACACAAAAAAAAUCAGAUGAGCGUCAGCACCCGCAAGGCGGUGCUCUUGUUUUAUAAAUUAUUGUUUACAAAUAAAAUUAUUGAUACAUUGUA